AGACUUUGAAGACAGAGUUUUUACAUUUGACAUCUUUCACACUUCACAGCAUUGGCAGAGAAAUACAACAGUUGCAGAGUGAAACGAUGCCGUGCCUCAACCUCUCCACCAACGUUAACCUCGACGGCGUCGACACCUCCUCCAUUCUCUCCGAAGCCACCUCAACGGUCGCCCAAAUCAUCGGCAAACCCGAGGCCUAUGUGAUGAUUGUAUUGAAAGGAUCAGUGCCUAUAUCUUUUGGUGGGAACGAGCAGCCUGCAGCUUAUGGCGAAUUGGUGUCCAUCGGUGGUCUUAACCCUGAUGUGAACAAGAAACUUAGUGCUGCCAUUGCUUCAAUUCUUGAAACCAAGUUGUCUGUGCAGAAGUCACGAUUCUUCUUGAAAUUUUAUGACACUAAGGCCAAUCAGAGUCAAGAAUAUGCACAAUGUUUGCAUGCUUUACACCAGCACUAGGUCAUGGUUCUAACUUUGGAUGGAAUGGAACUACAUUCUGAACUCCAUGUUACUUUGGUAAUGAUGCCAUGGAUGUCAGAUGAACUCGUUAUUCUGCUUUAUAACUUUUCUCUCUUUUGUUAAUGUCCUUACAUAAGUACUCUGAAUUUCAUAUAACCCCCUUUGAGGACAUUGUGCCAUCGUAAUUUGAUUAUGUUCAAGGACAACUGAGGAUCGUAUAUGUUUAUGAUUCUCGACAAAAAUUAUCUGGUGAUCUUGAAAUGAGCUUCUUUUUAGUGGUCAAUUAUGCAUUGUUAAGCUUGA